AUGGAUGGCGUCAGCAGUAUCGGUACCUUUUGCAAAUCCGCACUGAUUGGAUGGCAACUCUAUCGCUCGAUCGUGUUUCAGGAACUCUUUCGAAGAUCAGAGUGUGGCUCAUCAGCCGGAUUGGCCGAUGUGUUGAACAGUCUACUAUAUCGCCUCUAUUCAUCCACAUCAGAAUUGUUGUUCUUCUCAGCCAUGGGGCAUGCUCUUGGCUUUGAUGAUUUAACUGAGGAGGCCUGCAAGCCAAGAGGCACCGAGCCAUCCGCAUUCUUUUAA